GAGGGUCCCCGCCCGGGCGCCGCUUCCGCCAAUCGCGCGCGGCCGCCCCCGCCCCAUGUGCAGAAAUAGCAGCGGCGGAGCCCUAAGUCUGCGUAGGAGCCGCUCGCCCGGGGGCCGGCCGCGGACAGCACCCCCAGCCCGCCGAGCGCCUUGGCUUGCUGCCCCGGCGGGGGGACCCCUGCGCCCAGCCGCUCUCCUGGCUCCGCCAGCGGGGCGUGAUCGCAGCUCGCUGGGUGGUGGCAUCGCUGGGUGCAGCAGAUGUUUCCCACGGGCAUUGCUGAGCCCAGCCACACGGGGACCAUGCGCUCCCGGCGGAGCCAGGGGCGAGCUGCGCCCACCGCCCACUGACGGCCCCCUCCCUGGGAAAGACAUGGUAAGGGCUCCCAGCCCUGGACUGGACAGAGCCAGCACCACCUGAGCAUCCCCUGCCCUCAUGAUGAACACAGCCUACAUCCUGCUGGAGCUGAUCAUCGCAGUGCUCUCCAUUGCUGGCAACGUCCUGGUGUGCUGGGCUGUGGCCAUCAACAGCACCCUGAAGAACGCCACCAACUACAUCCUGGUGUCGCUGGCCGUGGCCGACAUCGCUGUGGGCUUGCUGGCCAUCCCCUUCGCCAUCACCAUCAGCAUUGGCCUCGACACGGAUUUCCACAGCUGCCUCUUCUUCGCCUGCUUCGUGCUGGUGCUGACCCAGAGCUCCAUCUUCAGCCUGCUGGCUGUGGCCAUCGACAGGUACCUGGCUAUCAAGAUCCCGCUCAGAUACAAGAGCCUGGUGACUGGGAAACGGGCAAGAUGGCUCAUUGCCGUUCUCUGGCUCCUGUCCUUUGGGAUUGGACUGACCCCCCUGAUGGGCUGGAACAGAGCCCCUGAUGGGCAGAACAGACCCUGCCAGAAUUCUACGAACAGCUCGGCGCAGCAGCACGGCUGCUUAAUAAAAUGUCUCUUUGAGAAUGUGGUCCCCAUGAGCUACAUGGUCUAUUUCAACUUCUUUGGCUGUGUGCUCCUCCCCCUCUUCAUCAUGUUGGGCAUUUACAUCAAGAUAUUCAUGGUGGCCUGCAAGCAGCUGCGGAAGAUGGAGUUGACGGGUCACUCCAGGACUACCCUCCAGAAGGAGGUCAAUGCGGCCAAGUCACUGGCCAUCAUCGUCGGGCUCUUUGCCUUCUGCUGGCUGCCCCUGCACAUCCUGAACUGCAUCACCUACUUCCACCAGGACUUUGCCCACAACAAGCCCGACUGGGUGAUGUACGUGGCCAUCAUCUUGUCCCACGCCAACUCCGUCAUCAACCCCAUUAUCUACGCCUAUAAGAUCAGGGAUUUCCGCUGCACCUUCCGCAAGAUCCUCACCAAGUACAUCCUCUGCAGGAUGGAGGACAUCCCCAAGGGCUCCAAUGGCAAUAUCCGGCACCUGACUGUCAGCAACCUCAGCUCUGUGCCUGUAUUUAUCUGAUCAUGCCUGUCAUCCUGCAGCCUGGCCCUGACCAACCCAACCCUCCCCCCUUGUGCCUAUGUAGACAGUGGACCAGGAUUCUGAUGAGUCACACUAUAUAACAUACAGGUGUAUUUUUUAAAAUUUUUUAACAUAGUGCCUCGUUGGGGAAUAACAUGUCUGGGGAGACAGUGCGCUGCUUACCCUGACUCCUGACCUUCGAGUUACAGAAUGCUGGUGAUUGCAUAUCCUUCUAGGUCAAAGGGUGGAAGCCCUAUGUCCUGUGGUGGAUUUCCCCAGCUGUGCGUCUCAUGUCAGUUCCUGGCCUUCUGGAUUUUAUUUAUUUAAUGUUUUUGGCUCACUCAGACAGAUGUUUAUGUUGUUGGUUCAUUUUCUAUGUACUUGAUGCCACUCUGGUAAAUACUCUAUUUUUUCCAUCAAUUGUUUGAUGCAGGUAGUAUUCUCCCAUGGGAAAUAAUCUUCUGUAGCCCACGUACUGGUGUAUAACUGAAGCCAUGAGCUAGAGGCAGAGGGGAUGGGCUGGUGUUCAUGGGAUAACAAGGCAGUUAAAUGGAGAUUGGCCUCAUUCCUAAAAGGCUGCCCUGCUCGAAGUCCGAUAAUUGAAAGGACUGUGAGGCUGCCCUGUAUCCUGCGCUCACCCCCUUCCCAAAAGCUGACUGCCCCCCAUGCUCCAUGGAGGCUGGGAGCCGAGCUCUAGCAGUGAACACCUGCUGCUCUACCAAAAAGCCAAAACCUGCUGGUAUUUAUAUUGAGGCUGCUGCAGUGCCACUGCAGUCAGUGAAAACAUUCCACUGAUUCAUGGGCUUUGGCUCAGAGCCCUAGGGCCUGGUCCUGUUACCCCUGAAGUCAAGGGCAAAGCUCACGCUGCCUUCACGAGGCAGGACCCAAGUGUGCGCUGCUCUAUGCACUCAAGUGCUGCAGCUGCUGUUAGUCAGUCAUCAGAACAGCAGUUAGGUGUAAGGCUGUCAGCCCUAGUGCCAUGCUGCCUUCCCUGGGCACAGUGGGGUGAGCUCAGGAUAUUGAGAAGUCUUUCUCUGAGCUAGGGAGGGCUAUGUCUGUUUAUUGGAAGGUCCUGGAUGGGAUUUAAUUGGCCUGUGACAUUAGAAUGCCGUCGUGCAAGCAACAGCCCCAUGGCACAGGCCAGCCCUCUGCAACAGGUGCUAACAUGAGAGCAAGGUUUGGUUCUUGGGUGGUUAGACUGGAUCAAAAAUUGCUACACCCACAGCCCUGGCUCUGGGACUAAUUUGCACCCUCUUGGCCACUGACCCUUCUAUAAUUCCACUGAAGUGCAGGGCUACCUUAAUGUGCACUGAGGCUUAAAUAACUCUCUGCCAGCCUGGUGUUUGGGGGGGUUAAAUUACUAAGCCCUAUUGAAUAUGUGAACUGGGGUACACACAAUGACACAAAGGCAGGGGGAACAAGGGGGCAUUUGCUCUGUUAUUCACUCCCAAGGGGGUGAAGCUGUCAGUCAGGAUGCACAGAGCAGCUGUGUGUACCUGGUAUGCCCUUUAAGGGGCCUUCGGUUCUAAGAGGGCUCACAAAUUCCAGUAAAAAUAGCCGCCUCCUCUCCCCAAAAAUCUGACUUUUAACAGGCACAGCCUCACGCCUAUGGCUGCAAGACUGUACGACACUGACAGGGAGGGCAAAGGGCUGGACUUCCUACCCAACUCCAGCCUGUCCAUUAGAAAUGAGCCCCAGUAACAGUGCUGAUGGAAAGAAGAAACAGCAGCUAGGUCUGCAAACUACAGGCUUACGCUGCCACCCUCUUGUGUACUGGUGCCUUAGGAGAAGGUUCCUGAAGUGCCAGUGGAGUGGCAUAUUUAAUCUCUGAACCACUUGGCACCUUGACAUGUGCUCACCAGGGAGCUGUAGUUCAUGCCUGUGUAUUUAAUAUGGUUGCCGCUGGGCAGCUUUCACAUGCACAGCCCAUGCUUGGAGAAAGGGCUUGGGCUGCGCCUCUGGGGCCAGGUGAGGGGGAGGAGGAGUCUGUGGGGAAGGAAGUGCCAGCAACCUGAGCACAGGCGAUGGAAGCCAAAGCCCUCUCCUGCCAUUCUUCGCAAGGCAGUUGCUGUGAAGAGGGCAGGUAUGGGCUGGCUAGAGCCAUCUGCCAUUGGUAAAUGUAACUUGAAUAACGCUGUAGCCAGCUUUCCGUUUCUUUUGCACUGCACUAAACGGAAUAAGAAAAAAUUCCCUCCUCUUUCUGGCACGAAGCCUCUGACCUGAUGGGGGCAAUGAGGGAGGUUGCUGUAGCUCAGCAGGUGUGAGACUGGGUGUUUGGGGGAAACCAGAGGCCUCUAACGUUGGGCAACUCUAACCCUCCAUUGUGCAAGGAGGCAGUUUGGCCCUUUGUAGCUGCAGGGUAGCUAGAGCCAAACCUGACUGAAUCCCAACUGUGAUUUCGAUGGUAUUGCACCUGCUGAUGUCAACUUCUGUUAGGUCCCACCUGUGUCUGAUCAGCCUGUUCAGCCAAUAUCAGAAGGGUUAAAAUUACAGCCCUGUCUUUCUCCUUCCCUUUGCAGCUCCUCUCUGCUGCAACAUCCUUGCUCCCAGUCCGUCCCACAGCUGUGAUGACUUCCUGCCUUCUCAGCAGGACUCAGCUCAUUUCAACCUCUACAUUGGCUCUAGCUGCAUCACCCCUGUUAAGCAGGGAAUGGAACAGCCAGGGUCUCCCCUGUGGGUCGGGGAGGGCUGCAACCCACAUAUGUCAUUGCAACAAAAACGCAGUGCUGGCCUCCUCCUCCUUAGAGUGCAUGAAAGAGCCAGGUCCCAGCCGUUACUUAAUGACUGAUCAAGGAAUAGGUGUAGGUGACCAUUUAGACUGCAGGCCAGGAUCCAUUACAAAUCCCUGUCAGGAGCCAGUCUCGCUUCAGGGGACGUUUGCCAUGUUCUGCUGUCACCAGUCCCUAGCAGGGAUGGGCCACUGGGGGCUUUUAACUAAGUUGUUUGAAAGGAAAAAAACUGAGUGCUGAAGAUUUCUCAAAAUGUGAAUCCAAGUAAAAUGGCAGAGGAAUUCUGCAGCGCCUGUGGCAGGCAUUUGUCACGUCA